GGGCUGGUGGGGUUGGUCUGGCUGGGCUGGGCAGGGCUGGGCGCCGCCUCCGCACCUACCCCAGCGCUUCCACUUUCCAGCUCUAGAGCCCCGCCUGGAGCGGAGUGCCAAGGAGCCAGGCGCCGGGAGUCGGCGUUCUGUCUGGCAGAGGCAUUGACACAGACAGACGGGCAGACGAGACGCUGCUUUGAAUCACACAGGCAAGACAGACCUACAGAGGAAAUCUCCGGCGGUGCCACUUCUCCCCUCCUGGUUGGCAAGAUGUCAGGGAAGGAGGGAGUGCAGAAGAAAUGGGCUGCCCUGAAGGACAAGCUGGGGCCCCAGGAUGGGGACCCCACUGAGGCAAACCUGGAAAAUGCCGACCCUGAGCUAUGCAUCCGCCUCCUGCAGAUGCCCUCCGUAGUCAACUACUCUGGCUUGCGCAAGCGGCUUGAAAACAGUGAUGAUGGCUGGCUGGUGCAGUUCCUGGAGCAGAGUGGCCUCGACCUGCUGCUGGAGGCCCUGGCCCGGCUAUCGGGCCGGGGUGUGGCAAGAAUAGCUGAUGCCCUGCUGCAGCUCACAUGCAUCAGCUGUGUGCGGGCCAUCAUGAAUGCCCACCAGGGAAUCGAGUACAUCCUGAGCAACCAGGGCUACGUGUGCAAGCUCUCAGAGGCUCUGGACACAUCUAACGUGAUGGUCAAAAAGCAAGUGUUUGAGCUGUUAGCCGCCCUCUCCAUCUAUUCCCCUGAAGGCCACAAGCAAACGCUGGAUGCCCUGGACCACUGUAAGGUGGUCAAGAGCCAGCAGUACCGCUUCAGUGUAAUCAUGAACGAGCUCUCCAACACGGACAACGUCCCCUACAUCACCACCCUACUGAGCGUCAUCAAUGCCAUCAUCCUGGGUACAGAGGAGCUCAGGGCCCGAACUCAGCUCCGGAAUGAGUUCAUCGGUCUCCAGGUGCUGGAUAUUUUAACCAAGCUAAGAGACACUGAAGAUGCAGACAUCCUGAUCCAGAUUGAUACCUUUGUGGAUGCCAAGUCCGAGGAUGAUGAGGAGCUGCUCAGAAUCUUCGAUGGGAUUGACAUGAGCAGUCACCAAGAGGUCUUCUCCACUCUGUUUAAUAAGGUGAGCUGCUCCCCCAUCUCAGUCCAACUACUCUCUGUCCUGCAAGGCCUCCUGUACCUGGAACCCACCCAGCCCUCCAGCUUGCUGCUGUGGGAAGCCCUGGAAAUCCUGGUGAAUAGAGCUGUGCUCUUAGCCAGUGAUGUCCAAGAAAGCAGCAUUGAAGAAAUAGUGGAGAGACUCCUGUCCAUGAAGAUGCGGCCUCAUCAGAGCCCUAAGAUCCGUAGCCUGGUCAAGACGGCCCAUAAGUGUAUCCAAACUAGCCUGGAUGUAGUGGAACCAUCAACAAAAGGGAGCCCAAAGAAAAAAGCCUCUGGGCCGUCCUCAGACAAUGAUAGUACAGAGACUGUUAAAGCCAUCCGUCUGCAGACAGCCUCUGCCACUCCUGAGCCACAGCCACCCUUUCCAGCCCAAGCUGCAGCCCCCCUCCUUAAUACAGCCAGCAUCCCCCCACCACCUUCCCCUCCACCUUUGCCCAACUUUGCAUGGGCCCCCCCUCCAGCCACUCCUAUGUCCAAUAAAACCUGUGCCCCUCCUCCUGCUCCUCCUCCUCCCCCUCCACCUCCACCUCCCCUGCCUAGCCUGGGUGGCAUCCCUCCCCCUCCCCCUCUGCCUGGCCUGGGUGGCAUCCCUCCCCCUCCCCCUCUGCCUGGCCCGGGUGGCAUCCCUCCCCCUCCCCCUCUGCCUGGCCUGGGUGGCAUCCCUCCCCCACCCCCUCUGCCUGGCCUGGGUGGCAUCCCUCCCCCUCCCCCUCUGCCUGGCAUGGCAUGUGUCCCCCCUCCCCCUCCAAUGAAUGGCAUUGAAGAAAUAGUGGUUGCCCAGGUAGACCGUGGUCUGGGUUUUGCAAGAGUUCCAAACCAUAGGAAAGUGAACCCUCCUACCCUGAGGAUGAAAAAGCUGAACUGGCAGAAACUCCCUUCCAACGUGGUAAGAGACAGUCACUCCAUGUGGGCAUCAGUGAGUAGCAUGAGCAGUGAGGACAUGGAGCCUGAUUAUACCAGCAUCGAACAGCUCUUCUGUUUCCCAACCACGAAGCCCAAGGAAAAGGAGGCAGCCCCAGCCAAGAAGGAGCCCAAAGAGAUUACAUUUCUAGAUGCCAAGAAAAGUCUCAAUCUGAACAUUUUUCUGAAGCAAUUCAAAUGCUCCAAUGAGGAGAUCACAGACAUGAUCCGGAGAGGGGACAGGACCAGGUUUGAUGUGGAAGUUCUGAAGCAGCUCCUCAAACUGCUCCCUGAGAAGCAUGAAAUAGAAAAUCUGAAAUCAUUCCAAGAGGAGAAAGCCAAGUUAGCCAGUGCUGACCAGUUCUAUCUCCUCCUUCUCAGUGUUCCCAGCUACCAGCUGCGGAUUGAGUGCAUGCUGCUCUGUGAGGAGACAGUCAUCAUGCUGGACAUGAUCCGACCCAAAGCCGAGGUCAUCCGUAGGGCCUGUGAGAGUCUCCUCACCAGUCAGCGUUUGCCAGUUUUCUGCCAACUGAUUCUCAAAAUUGGAAACUUCCUCAACUAUGGGAGUCAUACAGGAGAUGCUGAUGGUUUUAAGAUCAGUACCCUGCUCAAACUCACAGAAACCAAGGCCAACCAGAGCCGUGUGACCCUACUACAUCACAUCUUGGAGGAAGUGGAGAAAAAUCACCCUGAUCUCCUGCAGCUCCCCAAUGACUUAGAGCACAUCUCCCGGGCAGCAGGGAUCAAUAUUGAUAUCAUCCACUCGGAAGCCAGCACCAACCUGAAGCAGUUGCUGGACAUGGAGCAGAAGGUAUCCUCAGGGAUUCCUGAGGUUCAGGAGCAGUAUGCAAAGCCCCUCCAGGAUAGCAUCUCAGCCUCCAGGGAAUUAGAGGAAGAGUUUAAGGUCAUUGAAAGGAAGAAGGUGGAGCUGGCUGACUACCUCUGUGAGGAUGCCCACAAGCUGUCCCUGGAGGACACCUUCAGCACCAUGAAGACGUUUCGAGAACUUUUCAUCAGAGCCAUGAAGGAGAACAAGGACUGGAAGGAGCAGGCUGUCAAGGCAGAGAAGAGGAAGAAGCAGCUGGAGGCUGAAGAAGCCAAAAGGCUCCGGGGGGAAGAUGGGAAGAUCAUUCGGAAGGGAGUGGCAAAACAGGAGGAAGUGUGUGUCAUCGAUGCCCUUCUGGCUGAUAUAAGGAAAGGUUUCCAGCUGAGGAAGACUGCCAAGGGCAAAGGGGACUCGGAGAAUGGCCUGAAAGUGGCUCCUACUGAAACCUGCAAGGAAAAAGAGUCUGCAGUCAUAAAGGAUGCUGGCAACGGCUCCAAGCCCGGGCAGGGCCUUGACCUUGCUGCUGCUGUUGUUGGAGAGACUUGGAACCAGGACAACCCAGAUGGUCCCAGGUCUAUUGGGGGACACUCCGAAGUCAGUGGCCCUGGCCGCCCAAGCCCAGAGGGCAACAAAGCUUCCACACCGAUGCCCAGCUUUCCUGAUGACUCUCAUAUAGUGCUGCUUGAAGAUUCCAAGGCUCUGAAGCCCAUCAAGUUUUCCAGUGGCCCCCUCCAUUGGGGAACGGACAUAGGCAGCGAGGUCGAUGCCAGCAGAGCAGAGGAUGAAGACACAGAGCACCAGGCUGGCAGAACAGCCGAGGGACCUGAGAAUGGCCGUCAGAGGUCAGAGGAUGCAGAGCCAACACCUCCAGAGGAGGGAGAGGAGGAGGAGGAAGACACAGCACCAGACUCUGUGCUAGACACUUCUCUGGACAGGUCUUUCUCUGAAGAGGCUAUUACUGAUUCCUCAGGCUCUGGGACCCUCCCUCGAUCCCAGGAGCGGACCAAGAAGGGAUCUGGGAAGCGGAGGAAGAAGCGGCACCCUAGGAGCCAUGAAGGUAUCAGGCCCAAGACCAUAGCCAAGUGAGGAAGACUGGAGACAGAGGCUGACUUCAUACAUGCCCUCUGCUGCAGUGGCAUCAUGGGACUGAGGACACUUAUACCACAAGGGGCCGGGGUGGGAGGGCACAUGGAGAGUUUCAGGGACAGAUACUCCUAUUCCUUGGGAGUUCUGGACUGGGGACCAGAGACCCUAGAACUCAGUGCCUUACAUUGAUGGGACCCAGGGCAGUGUCUACUGAGCUUGCUAACCAGUGACACCCCAGACUUGGGACAGAUGGCAGUGGACAGAGCUUGCCUUGGAUCCGCGGGACGACUCCUGGCAGCCUCUUUCCCGUUUGGAGGGCAGCUAGAGAUGAAUGCUCUAGCCAUCACCUCGUUUGGAUGGUGGGGCCCAAUCCCAGACCUAUUGCUCAAUUAAACUAGCAAGCCUACCCACACCCCCAAACCAAAGCCCAGUGUCCGCCACAUCCCCUCCCAAUAGCUCUUUUUCAUAAGUACCCCUGGGGGGCAAAGGCUCUGGUGAUUGUUGGGACUCAGAGUGUCGAUAUUCGAUGGCAGUGCGCUUCCAGUGAGUUACCAUGUGCAAUGGUAAUGGGGCAGUUGUUUCACGAGAUGCCUCUGACCUUCCUGGUUAACCAUCCUAGCUUUUACCCCCUGGCAUGUAUCGCUUUGUAAAUAUUCAUUCCUUUGGAAUAAAAAUAACAUAACUCCCACGUCUAUAGCGCAUUAAGGUUUACAGAGCACUUCCCACAAUAGCCCUGUGAGGGGCAUAAUGCCAGCGUUAUUCCCAUUUGGCAGAUUUGGAAAUUGAGGCUCAGAGUAACUGAGUUGUUGAGCAGUAUCCUAAAUGAGAUGUGGGUUUUUACGGGGAUUUGAUGUUCUCUGCCAUCCACUCGCUUUCUUGGAUCAUUUACCUACCCGGAUGCCUCCCAAGACUGGUAGUUAACAUCCUCUUUACUUUAUUAUUUAAAAGUCAAUGGGGCGGGGCGGGGUGGGGUGGGGAGGCAGGAGUGGCAAGGAGAUGGGGAUCAGAGAGAGCAGAGUGGCUGCCUCCUACACCCCAGUCCAUCCAAGCUCCAACGAAGGCUUUCACUUCUCCCCUUUGGCAAAGUUGAGAGACUGAGCAGCAAACUUAGUUCUUUAACUCAAAAGCAGUGGCUAUGGAAGCCUUAGUAGAUGGGAGAGUUUGAUGGAAAGCCAACCACAGGAAAGCCAACAUGCAGUACGUAUGGGGAUGUCACUCGGAUUGGGGAAGAGGCCGGCAAGAGGAACAGAGUCUGAGUGUGGCCUGAUGUUUAGAGUUCACCAUCUGUGACCCCUGCCAGGCUGGCCACACAAUCCUCCAAAAUUGUUCAAAGAAAUAAAAUUUUUACAUCUUCCUUUA